AUGGAUGGGACAGGACAGUACUUGAAGCCAGGAGUCUUGGAGGUGCACCAGGAGCCAGGGAGCGGACUCUGUGAGGAUCCCUGGAGCGGACUCUGUGAGGACUCUGUGAGGAUCCCUGGAGCAGACUCUGUGAUGAACCCUGGAUCGAACUCUGUGAUUAACCCUGGAGCGGAUUGUGUAAUGAUCCCUGGAGCAGACUGUGUGAUGAACCCUGGAGCGGACCCUGUGAUGAACCCUGGAGCGGACUCUGUGAUGACAUCUGGAGCGGACCCUGUGAUGAACUCUGGAGCAGACUCUGUGAUGACCCCUGGAGUGGACUCUGUGAUGAACCCUGGAGCGGACUCUGUGAGGAUCCCUGGAGCGCACUCUGUGAGGAUCCCUGGAUCGAACUCUGUGAUUAACCCUGGAGUGGAUUGUGUAAUGAUCCCUGGAGCAGACUGUGUGAUGAACCCUGGAGCGGACCCUGUGAUGAACCCUGGAGCGGACUCUGUGAUGACAUCUGGAGCGGACCCUGUGAUGAACCCUGGAGCGGACUCUGUGAUGAACCCUGGAGCGGACUCUGUGAUGAACCCUGGAGCGGACUCUGUGAUGAAUUCUGGAGCGGACUCUGUGAUGAACCCUGGAGUGGACUCAGUGAUGAACCCUGGAGCGGACCCUGUGAUGAACUCAGGAGCAGACUCUGUGAUGAACCCUGGAGGGACUCUGAGGAUCCCUGGAGCGGACUCUGUGAUGAACCCUGGAUCGAACUCUGUGAUUAACCCUGGAGCGGAUUGUGUAAUGAUCCCUGGAGCAGACUGUGUGAUGAACCCUGGAGCGGACCCUGUGAUGAACCCUGGAGCAGACUCUGUGAUGACCCCUGGAGCGGACUCUGUGAUGAACCCUGGAGCGGACUCUGUGAUGAACCCUGGAGCGGACUAUAUGAUGAACCCUGGAGCGGACUCUGUGAUGAAUUCUGCAGCGGACUCUGUGAUGAACCCUGGAGUGGACUCUGUGAGGAUCCCUGGAGCGGACUCUGUGAGGAUCCCUGGAGUUGACUCUGUGAUGAACCCUGGAUCGAGCUCUGUGAUUAACCCUGGAACGGAUUGUGUAAUGAUCCCUGGAGCAGACUGUGUGAUGAACCCUGGAGUGGACCCUGUGAUGAACCCUGGAGCAGACUCUGUGAUGACAUCUGGAGCGGACCCUGUGAUGAACCCUGGAGCAGACUCUGUGAUGACCCCUGGAGCGGACUCUGUGAUGAACCCUGGAGCGGACUCUGUGAUGAACCCUGGAGCGGACUCUGUGAUGAACCCUGGAGCAGACUGUAUGAUGAACCCUGGAGCGGACUAUAUGAUGAACCCUGGAGCGGACUCUGUGAUGAACCCUGUAGCAGACUCUGUGAUGAACUCUGGAGCGGACUCUGUGAUUAACCCUGGAGCGGACACUGUGAUGAACCCUGGAGCAGACUCUGUGAUGAACUCUGGAGCGGACUCAGUGAUGAACUCUGGAGUGGACUCUGUGAUGAACCCUGGAGUGGACUCUGUGAUGAACUCAGGAGCAGACUCUGUGAUGAACCCUGGAGCGGACUCUGCGAGGAUCCCUGGAGCGGACUCUGUGAGGAUCCCUGGAGUGGACUCUGUGAUGAACCCUGGAUCGAACUCUGUGAUUAACCCUGAAGCGGAUUGUGUAAUGAUCCCUGGAGCAGACUGUGUGAUGAACCCUGGAGUGGACCCUGUGAUGAACCCUGGAGCAGACUCUGUGAUGACAUCUGGAGCGGACCCUGUGAUGAACCCUGGAGCAGACUCUGUGAUGACCCCUGGAGCGGACUCUGUGAUGAACCCUGGAGCGGACUCUGUGAUGAACCCUGGAGCAGACUGUAUGAUGAACCCUGGAGCGGACUAUAUGAUGAACCCUGGAGCGGACUCUGUGAUGAACCCUGUAGCAGACUCUGUGAUGAACUCUGGAGCGGACUCUGUGAUGAACCCUGGAGCGGACACUGUGAUGAACCCUAAAGCAGACUCUGUGAUGAACCCUGGAUCGAACUCUGUGAUUAACCCUGGAGCGGAUUGUGUAAUGAUCCCUGGAGCAGACUGUGUGAUGAACCUUGGAGCGGACCCUGUGAUGAACCCUGGAGCGGACUCUGUGAUGACAUCUGGAGCGGACCCUGUGAUGAACCCUGGAGCAGACUCUGUGAUGACCCCUGGAGCGGACUCUGUGAUGAACCCUGGAGCGGACUCUGUGAUGAACCCUGGAGCGGACUAUAUGAUGAACCCUGGAGCGGACUCUGUGAUGAAUUCUGGAGCGGACUCUGUGAUGAACCCUGGAGUGGACUCUGUGAUGAACCCUGGAGUGGACUCUGUGAUGAACUCAGGAGCAGACUCUGUGAUGAACCCUGGAGCGGACUCUGUGAGGAUCCCUGGAGCGGACUCUGUGAGGACUCUGUGA